CCCAAAUUGUCAUAUUAAAAGAAAUCAUAAUGAAAAUUUAAUUUUUUUCAAAUUUAACAAGGAAAAACAUAUUAAUUGAGCAUAAAAAAGGUGUUAUUGGUUGCAUAAGUAGAUAAUAAAGAUAUAACGUCGUCUAACGAAAACGAAAGAAAGAAAAAAUGUCAAGCGGUGGAUCAAUAUUAACAGCUGAAGCAAUUCAGAUUGUAAAAGUCAAUGAGGAAGCUCAUACAUUUCGGUUAUCAGACGAAGAUCUAACAAAAUUUAUACUGCAAGAUAAUGUUAAGAAUCGCGAUGUUGUCAUUGUAUCUGUGGCUGGUGCUUUCAGAAAAGGCAAAUCCUUUCUUUUGGACUUUUUCCUGCGAUACAUGUAUGCACGGUAUGUUCAUCAAAAUAUGGAUGGAUGGUUAGGACAGGAUGAUGAUCCAUUGACUGGAUUUUCAUGGCGAGGAGGUUCAGAUCGAGUGACAACAGGAAUAUAUAUGUGGUCUGACAUUUUCCUGCACGAUUAUCCUAAUGGACGUAAAGUUGCGAUCAUUUUACUCGACACACAAGGAACCUUUGAUAGCCUUAGUACAGUUAAAGAUUGUGCAACAGUGUUUGCAUUAAGUACAAUGUUAUCAUCAGUACAGAUUUACAACUUGUCACAAAAUAUUCAAGAAGACGAUUUACAGCAUUUACAAUUGUUUACAGAAUAUGGAAGACUUGCACUUGCUGACACGGGCAAAACACCCUUUCAAAAGUUAAUGUUCCUAGUUCGUGAUUGGAGUUUUCCUUACGAAGCUGAAUACGGUUCAGAUGGUGGCAAUACAAUACUCAAGAAAAGAUUAGAAAUUCAUGACAAACAACAUCCGGAUCAUCAGUCAUUAAGACGUCACAUUCAGGCAUGUUUUAACGAAAUUUCAUGUUUUUUGAUGCCUCAUCCUGGAUUAAAUGUUGCAACGAAUCCAACGUUCAAUGGAAAUUUACAAGACAUUACACCUGAAUUCAAACAGAGUCUCAUCGAUUUGAUUCCUCUAGUUAUGGCACCUGAAAAUCUGAUUGUAAAGGAAAUUAAUGGACAAAAAGUUAAGGCGCGUGAUUUGGUGCAAUAUUUCAAAUCGUACUUGAAUAUUUUUAAGAGUGAAGACAUGCCUGAACCGAAAACAAUGCUUUUAGCUACAGCCGAGGCAAAUAAUCUUAAUGCCGUUGCUGCAGCAAAAGACAUUUAUUCACAGCAUAUGGACGAUAUUUGUGGUGGAAAAAGUCCAUAUCAGAAGCCACAAUACCUUGAAGUUGAGCAUGUUAGAGCACGUGAGAAAGCAGUUUAUCAUUUUGUGAGCAAACGAAAAAUGGGAGGUGAAGAGUUUUCAGAAAUUUAUAAGCAACAAUUGGUUGAUUUUGUCGAGGAUGCAUUUAUCAAUUAUAAGGAACAAAACGAAAGUAAAAACAUUUUUAAGGCAGCUCAAACACCUGGAGUUUUCUUGGCUGUUGCACUUAUUACGUACAUUAUGAGUGGAAUUUUCGCCCUCCUUGCUCUCGAAACUUUCUGCAAUUUCAUGACAUUAAUAAUGGCAAUUAACAUAAUUGCUUUAUGUAUUUGGUCUUACAUUAGAUAUAGCGGCGAGUUUGUAGAUGUCGGUAUGAAAUUGGAUUCGUUUGCUGAAAAUAUUUGGGAAUAUUGUUUGAAACCUUUUUAUGAAAUAUUCCUCGAGCGUCGUGUGAAGGAAGUCACUACACAAGCAGUUUCUGCAGCAACAGGCUUGUCACGCGAAAAUGUGGAGACCGCAAUGGGACUCAAUCGAACAGAUUCAGGUUCUUCAGUCACAAAACGAAAUGCACACAAUGGAAAGCCGAAAAAUUUAUGAGAACACGCUUACGCUGAAUCAGUCAGCGAUGAAUCACCAACAAAUAACAACAAUAUUAAUAGCUAUGCUAAUAAUUUUGGAGUUUCAUCGUAUUUUGUUAACUUAUUGCAACGUUUUUCAUUUAAAACAUCAGAAUCAAACCUUAAUAGCACUGUAAAUGAAAAUCACUCAAAUAAUAAUAGUACUAAUAAUAAUAAUAAUAAUCAACAACAACGUCGCACUGAAAAUUGUUCGAAAAAUUCAAGUGGGAAGCGAAAGAAAGGGCGAAAUAGGAAAGUAUAAGAAGAUAUUCAUACAUAAAGUAAUUAUUAAUAAUUGAUAACUAUUAGAAAUCAGGCAAGACUAAAAUUUUCGAAUAUUUCUCUUUCUGUUUAAUUUUUUUUGAUUUCAAGUAUCAUUUUAUUAACGUGAUUAUAUCUUCAGUGCCUAUAAAACAAAAGAAAUAGUAAUGACUAUGAGUUUUUUUUAUGAAAGCAUGUAAAAAGUGCAAAGAGUAAAUCAAUGAAGUCAGUCACACCAAGAAACAUGAACCACCUGUUACACAUAAAUGAAUUUUUGUUGCGUUUUCUUUGUUUUUUAAAAAAAAUAUAUUAAAAAUAUCAAAUCCAGAAUUCACAAAAGUCUUCGCAAGUCAGCAAAAUUAGUGCAUUUUUGUGAACCGAUUUUAAUGCCCACACAAAAAUACACUAAUGAAACAAAGAGUGAUAAAAAAUUUAUUGAUAGCACAAAAUUUAUAAAGAUUUUUAGUGAAUUAUUAGCAACCAUCUGAAUAACAUAUCUGAAACUCUUCUUUGAUGGACAUUUGAUGGUGAUUUGUUGUUCUUUUCGCUAUUCUCUCUCAAUAUUAUGUUUAAUCCUUCCGUAAAAUGCAUUAUAUAUUCCUCUAUUCAAUGUUGAAAAGGAUCUUAAGAGAUUUAAAAUGUAGAAUAGAAAAUAGGACGAUGAUGAUGAUGAUAAAAAAAAUAAUAGAAUUAGUCAUGUAUAUCUAUAAAAACAAAACUUAUCAAGUAAAAUUGGUGAAUGGAGAAAUAUAUUUCCUUUUCGAGAGGUAUUUCAAAUAACAAAUACCCUUUUAUUUCCAAUAACGAAUGAAUGAAUGUGCCAAAUCUUGCGUUACCAUCAACCUUUAAAGCUUCCCCCUCUUCGAUAUCUGUAAGGCUGAGCUUUUUGUGAAUAUUUAACUACAUUUAAAUCUAAAUGUAAUUUCACAAAAAGCUGCAUUUUAAAUUGUGCCUCACAAAAAACUCAGCCAUCAACAAAACUUUUGUGCUUUUAUUCCGCAUUUUCCUAUGAUUAAAGAUAACAAAGCAGGAGUAGAAUCAAAAUUGUAAGAUUUCAAGUCAGUAAUUUUUGGAUGAUCCUACAAUACAUUCUGCAACGAAGUGAUUUAACAAACAAGCAAUUGUAAAUUUAUUGCUCAAUUAAUGGAUUUAUUUUCCCCGAUUUCUUUUUCCUGAAAUACAAAAUGUUUGAAUGAUCGUACUAAAUUUCUCAUCUUUGUGGCUUUCGAC